UCCCGCAUCCAUCCGCUGCCAGUCGACUGUGACUACUGUGAUUUAAUUUAAAUAAUAAGUGUUUUGUAAUUUUAUCUUGGACCCGUAUCUGGAGUACUUGCUACGACAAAUCUAAUAGGUCCAAGCACUUCAGAACGGCGCGAUUAUAUCGUUACUGUUUCAAGUAUUUUUAGCCACUUACUGCCUUAAUUUCCGAUGCUGUCCAAAAAUCCUAGUUUAUAAAUCGAAUAUCUAUCUAUGACUUAAAAACGAUCCAUAUGUAAAAAAAAUCAAGGUGUCACCGUUUGUACAAGAAAAUUAUGAUAUGAUUAAACGUACGCUAUAUAAUAUUACAAGAAAAGUAUUUUCCUCCAUAAUGUUAUUGGUUCGACUUAAAAAAUGACUAAUUGACUGUGUGUACCGGCUAAAAUAAAAAUUUAUUUCUAAACGUCUUCCAUACAAAGGAUUUUCAUGAUUGAAGCUUAGUGGAUUACCUAGAAAUUGUCACAAUACGUACCACAUAGAGGGCAUCUAAACCGUGCUGAUUUACACCAUUCGGCCUUUUGUGCAACUUGUUGUCUUCCAUAAGAUAAUAGAUAAAGUGACCUGCAUCACUUGUUGAUUAAUCUCAAACCUUAAAUAUAGCAAAAUGUUGUUUUAAAUGUCUUUCAGAUAAACAAACAAUAAUAUGUACCGUUGGGUAAUAAUAUUUUGAUUCGAGGAAACACGAGACAAGUAAUAUCAAGUCAGGAUGUGAAUAUAAAACGAUGUUUUGGUCUGCGAUAUUAAACACAGUGCUAAAAGUAUUGCAACUCAUUAAUUGACUUUUUUUAAAACCAACAUCAAAUUCAGUGCGAGAUGCAGUAUCCCUCGCUAAAAAAAUGGCGUUUCCUCGCCGUUUCAGUGGCAGCGUUAUUCGUAAUCUAUACAUUGCUGGAUAUUAUAGUGAGUUCGAACACCCCAUGCUACCUUAUGAACUCAGGCGACUGGUUGCCAUCUGCUGAGGAUCCGAGUUUCGCUCCGGCGGAGAGAUCGAUCUUCUUCCACGAGACGUCGUGCGCGGGCACGCUGAGGCCGCGGCAGGCGUGCGCGGUGGAGGCGGCGGCCAGGGCGCACCCGCAGCGGCAGGUGUACGUGCUGUUCAGCGCGCCGGUCACCUACUACACGCUGAGGACGAGCUGCCUCGCCCAGCUGACGCGCCUCACCAACGUGCACUUCGCCAGGGUCCACGUCGCGCAAUACUCUGAAGGAACACCAGCCCAGACCAUCUUACUCGAAGCCUUGAAGCAAAGUUCAUUUCCUACAGAGCACUCUUCGGAUAUACUGAGAAUAGUGACUCUAAGGAAAUGGGGUGGAAUUUAUCUAGACACUGACAUGAUAGUUACUAGAUCAUUAGAAAAUCUACCUCAUACUUUUCUUGCAAAAGAAAAUGCAGAUAAUAUAGCGACAGGAAUAUUGUCGAUUGGGAAGGAUUUUAUUGGAAGUAAUCUAACUGAUAUCAUCAUGAAGUACAUGCGAAAAUAUUUUAACCCUGAAAAAUGGUCAGCUAUUGGAGGAUCGUUGGUCGACUAUGUUAUAGAAGAUAUGUGUCCUAAGCUGACUUAUUCCUACGACUAUUAUAAAAACCCCAUCAGCUACUGUAAAGGUGUGGCCAUUUUUAACAUUGAGUUAUUCUACCCCGUGUAUUUCACAGAAAAACACAAAUUGUUCGAUCCGCCAGACUCUGAAUUUGAUAUGGAGCGACCCUACACUUACCAUAUGUGGAAUUACAUAACAUUUAAUGAAACAAUUCAUAGAGGUUCAGUGUAUGAACUAAUUGCUAAGCGAUAUUGUCCUACUAUUUAUAACACUUAUGGCGAAGAGUUCGGAGUAAGUUAGUCCUUACAGCAACACAGCCAUCCUAAACACUCCAUCUCUAGUUGAAAACAUACACGAAUAUCACGCAGAAACGAAUUAAUUUUCAUGGAAAACUGUUGGAGUAAACAAUUUGAUCGCUGUUACUAAUAAUAUAAUACCCAGCACCAAGGAUACAGUUCCAAUUUAAAUAAACCUAUUUUAAAUUUAUUAUUAUUAACCGUUUUACCGCGCGCACAUGAUUUGGAAAAUUUAUAUCUGAGUUCCGGUAUUCGAACCAUUGACGUGUGCCUUGGCAGUUCAUCGGGCAUACCAAUAGGGCCCGGUAGUAACAUAGUAACCAGGGUAUCACUUUCAAGCAGUGACAAUCUAGUAGUGCACUUUCGGAAAGGGUCUUAAAUUAGUAUAGGUAUAUGAAGUAGUCUAAAAAUACAAUGGACUGCGAUGGGGUGAGUUGGUUGGUUGUUCAUAGCUACACUACGACAAC